GAAAAACACCAGAGGCAUUUGUGGCGGGUGCUGGAGCUGAUGGUUGGCAGUCGCGGCGACUACUGGCAGCGACACAGGAGCGAAAGAAACGCGCCAAAUAUAGUGACUUGGACGCGGUAACGCGGUGUGUCGCUGUCUGUACAACAAGCGACGAAGAUGCGUCGCGCCACCUCUAGAAAGGAACACUUUUCUCAGAUCGUUUGGCUUUCCUGUAUAUAUCGCUCCAUGCGUGGGACAAAAAUAUGGCAGCCCUGCCUCCUGUUCUCAGGAAUAGUCGUCCAGUGUUUCCACGUAAGGCAUGAUAUAAAUGAACGAAGGUUUAUUAAAUAAAUUUGUUUAAUGCGAACCCAGUGAAACAAUUUCAAUGCGUCACAAAUAAGAAGAAACAUUUUACUCAUGCUCACAGUAAGCUAAAACUAAUUUUCAAUGGAAGCAACGCGGAGAGUUGUUUUGUUCAGAUCAGGUAGCUUUAUGUAAACAAAUAUUUUCUGAGAAUUUAUUUGAUUGGAAGACCAGCUCUGGGCCGUCCGGCAAGCGGAAGAUGCCGCCCGAGUCCAAGGAUUUCGAGCCGCCACCGGUGGCCACCACAGCAAAAUCUGCCGGACCAUUCUUUAUUAAAGUUUCUUCUUCUUCUUUGAUUGUAGUGCUGCAACUACCAGUGCUAGGAGAUGACCGUUGUCCAGGACCAGCACCUGACCCGGGAGUGAUUGUUGACUACUGCAACUAUUACUGCGAAGGUGAGAACUUUGGAUGGCGGAAGCAGUACUACCAAAAUGGAACGAAAUGCAAGUUCCAAGGGGAGUCACACGGAAUUUGUGCCGAACUGCCGUCAGUGGCAGGGUGUUUUCAUAAAGACGAUGAAGAUGUUCAGAUAUUCUUGCGAGACAAAUCCACAACUACUGCUCGGCCCCGGAAGAGCAAGCGUACCAAGCGGACAAAGAAACCAAAGGGCACGAAGAAACCAAAGACUAAGUCGAAAAGCAAAAAAAAAAUAAGCCCAAAUAUAGCAACCUAUUCAGAGGCGGGGUGCAUCAGUAAUUACAAUAUGUGAAGCUUUAUACCUGAGCUUUAGGUAUUUCGCACACUGUAUGAUCUCCAGAUAUUUCUUGCUAACUGCAA